ACGAAUCGGACUGUCGCAUGUGCGUACAGCCAGUGUACAUAACCAAUAAAUCUAGUUCACUUCUCGAGAACACAUAUAUUAAGACGAACAAAUCCUUUAACCGCUCAAGAAAACCGCACGGAAGCAACAGGAGGCUGUUGGUAGUGAAAAAGAACAAACAGAAAUUUAGAAAUCUGGCGUAUCGUCAGGCAGACUGCCCGGCUAUUAAUUGAUUCUGGCAUCUUGACUUGCGUGGAUUUUUCUAUGCAAUACUGUGACUUAAUUGCUUAACGUGUUAACCGACAGGAUACAUCGAUAUAACGGUGUUGUUUGCUUCACUUUUUUCUUAAAAUAUUGUCCGACGUGGAUUUAAAUAAGUUUCAACGCAAACGGACACCAUAUUGUGGCGGGAGCAAGACGUCUCAUGUACUGAUGGAGUGUCUUUUAUUUUGCUAUUUAAUCUAGCAUACGCACGGACCAAAACAUCUGAUGGAGAGUGCUAUAUCCUGUUAUCUUAUAUAGAAUACGGACGUUACAUCCGUGUAUAGUCAAAAGGACACUCGAAAUGGAGUGUCCUGUAUAUCUAAAUGUCGAGCCAGCGGCCGACGACGACACCGGCGGGAAUCUCUUCUGCGACAACCUGUACGCCGAUGACAGCGCAUCCAUGCGGCGUCACAGCAUGCCGCCGAGUCCCUUCCGGUUAUCGCUCUCGAGCAACGACGUCCGGAACCCGGAAGUGCUUCGGCGCGUUCGCUCCUUCCGAACGACCUCGAAAGGCGUUGUCAACUCAGGCGACAUAGUGCGCAAGCGGGGCUCCAUUAGUCUGUCGGUCAGCACGGGUCUGGCGGUGACCACUUCGGACAUCGAUCUUUCAAAGGAAUCGCAUUCCCGCUCACGACUUCCAAGCUGCACAUCCCAGGCCAGCAGCGCCGGGAACAGCGCCGCCUCAUCAGGGACGCCGUCCUACUACCGGGUGCUGGUACUUGGUUCUUCCGGCGUUGGGAAAUCGGCGCUCAUCAAUCAGUUCAUGUCGUCUGAAAACAAUAUCAGCGACGAAAUGAGCGCCUCAGACAGCACGGUCUCAGUCAUGUUGGACGAAGAAGAGUCUUUGUUGGAAUUCUGCAACUUCCCGGAUGACCAGUUCCCGGAAGAGGACAUCAACGUGGACGCAUACGUGCUCGUGUUUUCGAUCGCGGACAGGGCUACAUACGAGUAUGCGAACAACCUGAUGCGUUACCUGCGCAACGACGUCUGUACUGAUCGCAGCAUAUUCCUCGUUGCCAACAAGACGGACCUUGUGCGCAAACGGACCGUAGAUAAGAACGAAGCUCGACUAUGCGCGUCUUACUACAGCAGCAAGUACGUAGAGACCUCCGCCUCUCUUAACCACCACGUGGACAACCUGUUGGCGGGCAUCGUGACCCAGAUACGGCUCAAGCUCAAUCCGGAUCGUAUACUGCAGCAGCCGGACCGCGCGGUUGUGAAGGGGCGUCUCAAGCAUCGCCACGGCUCGCUGCAAAGUGCCAAGACUGUCCUGCAGAAACUGUUCAGCCGCCAGAAGUCGUUGUCAUGUGACAACCUGUAUGACCUAUAACAUGUGAACAUUCCAACGGUUUCGCUUUUGAAGACGAAAUCAGUUACUUAACAACGUAAAUAAAUAGAAUAUAUAAUUCGUCUUGAAAUGCACGUAGAUAACAUUCAAUCGCAAUUGUGUAUCUGUAAAUUGUAUUGGAACAAAGUUCUGUUUCGCACAGUUUCAUGCAAAUACUCAAAAUGUUCAAUCAGACAAAGUGCAAACACUUUAAUGAACACCUCCAGGCCUUUAAUUAGUGAAGUUAGUGUGUUGACGAAGUGCUAUUUCAGUGUGUCUUAGUUUGUCAAACGCAAAUAGAAUACUACGUCAAUGUAUUAAAGAUAACCAUGGCACAUGUGUGUAUUACAACAAUGGGAAAUAUCACAUAACGUGUAUUGAUGCAGCUCUAUAUCAUGUAAGUUAAAAGAACGAAGUAUGGAUUAUUUACAUGUUUAGUGCAAUUGUAUAUCACAUCAGGGUAUCUUUAAGUGACUAACAAGUGAACAACAGAGUGGAAUACCAAAUGAUAUUUACUGAUCUAUAAAGAACAAAGCUGUAUCCUACCACAGCAAAUAUCACAUAGGGCAAUCGCUUGCUCACAGGGGGUACACUAUAAGUAAUAUAGUACGUAAUGUUUUCACUAGUAAAAGAAAUAAGUGCUAUAACAUUAUUAUUCUAAAGCAUUAUUUAAAUGUAUUUUCCAUUUUCAACAGUAUCAAAGGACAUGUCAUAUUGCAUAAAGUGUAUCGACACACUGUGUUGAGUUGCAAUAAUGUUUCAGGGGAUUCAGAUAUUAUAUUAGCUGAUUCUGCCAAUAAACUGAAACUUUCAAAUAUGGAUAGUGUAUAUACAUGUUGUUGUGAGCAAACAUAUUAAUAUAGCAAGGUUUAUAAGACCUUGUUUGGUUAUAUCAUGGUCAAUGGUACAUAUGCACAUUAAAUAAUAAACACUUGAAACAAAUCUAAAUGUAUAUAUUCUCAUCAUCAUUUUAUGGAAGGAAAUAAAUAUUGUUUCAUGACAGUAAAAUAAUGAGUUGCGUACGAGACAGAAUAACAGGCAAGUUUCGAAUAAUGAUAAGUUUAUUUAUUGAAUACAGAUAAGAGUACCUAUGAAAAAAAUACGUUUAUUUUAUUGAAUACAUUUAAGUUUAUGUAUUUGAUAAGUUUAUUUAUUAAAUACAUAUAAGUAUAUUUAUUAAAAACAGGUAUAUGUAUUGAUUGAAAACAGAAAAGCUGGCUGAAUAAAGAUACGUUUCUUUGUUGAAGAAAGAUGCGUUUAUUUAUGGAUGCCUUGUAAACCUGAAACAAGAACUUUGUGAAUAUGUCUUUGCCGAGACAUAAGCUUGUCCUUUUUCAAAACUGUGUACCUCUUGGUCCGAUUAUUUUGUCUUCUGUUAAAUAUA